GUGGCUGCUGCGUGCGUCUUCAUGGGCUUCCAGCAGGACUCUUCGAGCUCCUCUGAGCGGCUCCUGCACUUCUAAAUAACUUUGCGUCCUGGGGGAGCUUUUGGAAGGGGGGGAGGCGGGGGCGCCAGGAUGGGAGCUCGGAUCAGGGCAGGCCGGCAGAAAGCGAUGCUCCUGUGGAUCAUUGUGGUGACUCAGUGUGUGUGGGCACUGGGCUGCGGACCCCAUUAUGAAUACGCCAUCGAGGAGUUCUGCUUGGCCAAAUUCAGACUGGACAUGCAAGAGCUGGACCAGGGACACUGGUGCAGCUGGGAGGACACCGUCGAACUGUAUGGCGAGCUGACCAACUGCACCUACCUGGUGGCGCUCAAGAUGGACUGCUUCUGGCCCAACCUGCUGGUGGACGACUUCUUCAUCCGCGUGCACAAGACCUACUUCCACAAUUGCUCGUUGUCGGGACGUCUGCUCAGGGACCCCCCCAACCGCAUCCUGGGCCCCUUCAUCGCCAUGCCCAUUCUGGUCACCCUGCUCGUGACUGCGCUGGUGGUGUGGAGGAGCAAGCGCAGCGAGGGCAUUGUGUAAGCACAGCGAUCCGUCGAGGAGCCCGUUUCUUCGAGGGGGAACCUUGGAUGUGAGGAAAAAAAAAAAACAAAACUGAUGUGAAUGAUGGACAAGAAUCGAGCAGCUAUUUAUAUGACCUUGACCGCACUUAUACAGCAGACAGUAAAGCCAGGGUGAGGCAGCUUUUGCUAAUCUAUAUUGAGCCAAGGCGCAUAUCGUUGCCGCUGGGUGGAAUCCUCAACCCUCUAAAGUCAUCACUUUUCACAGGAGCCCCAAAACGCCAUCUCUGUGCCACUGUGGACGUUGCAUCAUCAAAGAGAGCAAGCCAUCGUCAACAAUUUAGAUUGGUGGAUAAUUUGUAAAAAAUAACCCCCACACCCGCGGACCCCCACACAUCUAUACCAGUAGUAUAGAUGUAUAAAAAAAAUAUGGCGGUGACCAAAUUGCGACAGGGCCCAAGAUAAGCGAAAAAUCUCCUGGCACACCACUAAACGAAAAUGUAAAAACGUACACUGGAAUCAAACCAAGAAAAUUCUUCAACUGGGCCUGCUUAGUUGAACACAGAACUGACACAGUCACGGGUUGUAGAGUAGAUGUCGCUGGCAUUGAUGGAUUUACAGUGGAACCUUGGUUUUCAGGGUUAAUCUGUUCCUAAAAGUCAGAUUAAAGCAAAAAAAUCUGGAGCAAUAUUUCUGAUCGGAAACACCGUCAUGUAAAUCUAAUUAAUGCACUUUAGAAACCCCAAAAUAUUUGAUAAAAAGACAUUAUUGUAUUUUAUUUUUUAUUAUUGUUAUUAUUAUUAUUAUUAUUAUUUAUUUAUUUAUUUUUUUAAACAAAUACUUUCAAAAUGCUUCCGAAGAACGUUUGAGGUGAGGGUCACUCAAGAAAAGCCUCAAAGUGUCGCUUUGUGUGGGGUAAGAUUCCAGGAAACGGGUGGGUGAGAGCAAGCUGAGGCGUUCGCUACGGACCAUUUUUCAACUGUACCAAAAGUGAGCGCGUGUAUGCAAAUUGGGACCAAAAUUUUAGCAAAAAAAUGUUGGAAACCGAACCGUACGAAAACCGAGGUUUCAUUGUGUAUGAGGAAAUGCAAAGAUAGCACGGACAUUCGCUUUUAAAAGCAUCGCCUCUUUAAUGAAUUUGUCAGAGUCACUGUUCUGGGUUUUGAGCUUUGACUCAUCUAUGGAUUUCGCGGGGGUACACACAUACUGAUAAUCUGGCCAAGUGAAUGAAAUGUGAGUUUUCCUCGCCAAUCUGCUUGGAAAAUUGUCGACCUGUUGAAUAUUUCAGAUUGCUAAUCAACAAAUUUGGUACAAUAAAAAUGACAAGAAGAGUUUGCCACUGCUGAACACUUCCCAGACAAGCUAGCAUUUCGCAUUUCUACUUCUUCUUCUACUGUAGUAGUCUGGAUGUCCUGUGGCACCACGCUGCCUCACACAGGUCGGUCUUGGUGCUACAACGUGCAUUCAGUUUGGCGGAGUAGAUUUGUUGUUAUCAGUGGAGAUAUGGUUGUGUGUAAUGCGCUUUAGCUCGGUCGCAUUUUCAAAAUGGGCUAAAAUGUUAAAACUCAAGAUUUGUGUCCCCCACUCUAGUCCCCCCCCCAAGAUAUUUUUGUCAAACUAUAGAAAUACACACAAACAAACCCAAUUUCAAAAUGUUCUCCCCUGAUCUCUGUUUGUAGUACUUGGAGAGUCAUCAUCCCCCAAAAUGCUAAAUAUCCAACUGAAUGACGAAUUCAAAGAGGAAAGCACAAUCAAACCACCAAAAGAAUUCAAGCUUGAGAUCAAGUUGCCCAACGCGCAGCUCUGCUAACGGCUGCCAAUGCCGAAAGCGAAGCUUUUAUAUCGCAGACCUGAGCUUUGUAUUGAUUUAUGAUCUGCCAGCGUGGUGUGCGAACGCUUUCCUCAUUGAUAUUUUUGAAUGCUCUCUUUCCUCUUCAGGGAGCUUGAGCUAUAACCUGCCUGUCAGGAAAAAAAAACCUAAUAAACACAAACAAAACACACCCACUCCUCCCCAACAUGCUCCUACUUUGUACUUUGUAUCAAAAACUGAAGGCGGCAUUUGCAACAGAAAGAAUGUCUCGAAAUCAUUGAAAUGUACCAUCUGAACAGAAAGGGAAACGUGAAUAAAGUGUCUUCUUGUGUGUCAGGA